AAUGUUUUAAACCGCUCGGCUCUAUUUCCACCUGGCAGCAGGAACACGUUUAACGACCGUAAAUGUGACAGACGGAGUAACAGACAUCUCUUACUCGGCAAAGGUAUGCCGGUACCACCUCCGCCGCCACCUCCUCCUCCUCCACCUGGCACUCCUCCACUGCCGUCUUCCUUUGCUGUUCAUGGGGAGUUUCCCAAACACCACAAGGAUGAAGAACAUGGGCGGUCUGCGUUGUUAGAAGAUAUCCACACUGGAGUGCGGUUGAAAAAGGUGACACAGAUCAAUGACAGAAGUGCUCCAAUCAUUGAUAAACCAACGAGUAGCAAUGGUACAGUGGGUGGAACAGCAGCAUCAACUGCUAUGGGUGGCUUGUUUCAGGGAGGGUUUCCUGUGCUCAGACCUACUGGACAGAGAGAUACUUCAGAACGAGUUUCCAAGCCAGCUCAUCUACAUUUUGGACUAAAAACACAAGCGGCAAGAUACCCAGUCCAGAAUAACAGUGGCAGAAAUGUUCGAAGUACAUCUAAUCAAUCUAAUUGUCCAGAAUCUACUGAUGUAUCUAAAGUUCAAAAGGCACUUCCAGGGCGACCUGUUGUGUCCACGUUUGCACCUCCUCCCCUUCCUCUCAUGCCUCCCUGUCAGGGUAAAUCUCCACUGCACUGUCCUUCUCCAACACUCUCACAUUCUUUCAAUAAACCUACAAAAUCAUCACUAACAUCACAAGGCCCUCCACUUCCACCUCAAAACAGUAAACCAUCUAAAUUUCAAUACAUACAGCCACCACCACCACCACCACCAUCACCUCCGCUACCACCACCUCCACCUUCCCAUAAUUUUCAAGAACAAGCUUCAGAUUUCUCAUUUCCUGCCCCACCUCCACCUAUAUUUUGCACAGAAGACUGUGCAGAUUUCUUUCCCCUCCCUCCACCUCCAUUACCUCCAUCCCCUUGUAGUGUGUCUCAUGGAAAAGCUGAAAGCCCUCUACCACCACCCCCUCCACCACCACUACCGCCUUUAUUGAGCAAUCUAGAAAUUCCUCCACCUUUGCCCCCAAAACUGCCAAACUUUUCCAACAGACCAAGUACAAAUUCUAUGUCUACUCUUCCCCCUCCACUGCCAUUAGUUUUUCCUUAUGGUCAUCCAGGCUCAGCCUCAUCAUCUGGUCAAAUGUCAUAUACAACCCAAGUAUCUGCAAGGGAAGCCACAUCUAGAUCUGGAGUGCACAAUGGUAGUGGAAAACUAUCAUCACCUCCUCUUCCACCAUUCAGGUCAUCCAGUACAGAGGUUACAGGCAGAAACCAGCAUUCACCCAGCUCAAUUCGGACACCUACAUACUCUGUGCUGCCACCACCCCCUCCACCACCACCGCCUUUACCACUGAAAAAUCGACCCGGACUUAUUUGUGUACAGCCACAGGCAUAUGCUGAUGACUUUGAAUCCAAGUAUAAUUUUCAUUCAGUUGAAGACCUUCCACCUCCAGAUGAAUACAAAUCAUUUCCCAGGACAUAUCCCAGCAGGCAGCUUCGAGCUAGCCAAAAAGGUAAUCGGACUACAACUCCAUUAAGAUGAAAUAUUUGUUAUACGUGAUUCAGGGUCCACCUUUACUAUUACCUGGAGGACAGCAUGCAACUGGAAUGGAGGGAGCUUCCACUUCUUGUUUAGAAUAAAGCUUUCUCAGGUGGCUGAAAAUAUACAUGCUUCUUAACAGAGGCAACAUUGUUUUAUUGUCCAUCCACAUGCUUUCAUAAUAGGCAAUUAAAAAAUAUUAUGCCUAUAUAAACGUGUCAUUGCAAUUCUUUCACACUCAACUG